AUGGAUUCGCCAGAUAGGAGACCUAACUUUUUGGGGACGACUAUCAUCGAUGUUGAUAUUGAUGGAGCAAAUAAUAAUACAGAUUUGCCUGGUUGGUUACGAGAUGUUCUCGAUAGAGCAUUAACAGCGAGUGGACUUCGGCUGACCAAAAAGCUGGCAUCAAAAGAAGCAAUCGAGAGCUUGGAAGAAGUACCCAUAUCGUCUCUUGAUAGCAAAGAAUGUCCCAUCUGUUUUGAGCCAUACGAGGAAGCGAAGGAUCAAGUACCAUGUGAUCAGGAUAAGCAAGUCAAAGACAAAGUCAAGUUGGCUAAGAACCAACAGAUGAUGGAGGAAAAUUCUAGAGUAAUAAAAGAGCUCAAGCAGAAAUAUGGUAUUCAUGGCUUACAGUCUCUAGAGACUGCAGUACAGUUCAACGAUCCCUCGCUAUUUCUUCCUGUAGACGAGGGCGCCUUAAUAUACUCAAGGUUCCCUCAAAGGAAUUUAUCAACUUUGGAAGAAGCAAACAUGGAACAGAUUUUACCUGGAUAUGGAACUGAAUUUAAGGAUAGAGACGCAACUUUGUCAGAAGUAGAGGAAGAGCGGCACAUCCCUGUCAAGAUGCCUUGUAAUCAUGUCUUCGGCAAAACUUGUCUUAUCGCAUGGUUAAAAAAUGAUGUGAGUUGUCCCUUGUGCCGCCAAGAGGUAUCAGCGUCUAGAGAUUCGGACCCUAAAACUGCUAGGUUAAAUGAUAUCCGAAAUAACAGUUUUUAUAAUUUUAAUGCCGAUAGAGAAGCUGUGGUUGACCACAUGAUGAAUCAUUCUACAGACGUAUUCAAUCCUUUUAGGCGCCCAUUUAAUCCUUCGGUUACACCUUUAACAGACUCCUUUAUGCAUCAAGAUUGGGUCACAUCUUAUAAUAUGAAUAGCCCACUAAGAACUGACAACAGAGAUCCAAAUUUAGUCCUUCCGAAACGUUUUCCAUUUCCGGAAACAGGAUUUCACCCAUUUCCCUUUCCCAGAAGAAGCAGAGUGAGAGAUUUAAGAAGAGAGACCAGAAGGACAGACCUCAAUGGGACCAACGGGCGCCAAAGCAAUGACAUAGAAUCAGCAAAUGACGAAGAUGUUUCAUCGAAUACCACACCUUUAAUGGCCACACGUAGAGAACAAGAGGCGACGCCUACGAUCCAAUUGCAGGCAGGUGAUGCCAACGACACUCGAGACAAUAGUACUGACGGCUCGCCUGCGAGCUCAAUUGGAGGUACAGGAGGACCCGAAAGAUCCAGACGUAAUUUUCCUUCAAACGGGAGAUCUCAUCCCUAUUCUAGACCAUAUCAGGAAGAAUAG